UGUCGCCGCUCCUCGCUUCCACGGCCGUCCCCCCGCCCCGCGCGGGGGGUUGGGCGGCCGCGGGAGGCGACUCGGACCUUCCCGGUGCCUGCGGUUCGUUCCGCGUCGUGGCUGUGCGCGCGGCGGCGCGGGGGGGCCCCGGGGUCGGCGGGGCUGCGGCCUAGUCGGGCCUGCCGCCCGGCCCCAUGAGGCACAGCCUGACCAAGCUGCUGGCUGCCUCGGGCCGAGACUCGUCGAGUGUCCGCGCCGGCCGGCAGGACCCGAGCGCGGCGGCCGCGGGGGCGGAGACCUCGGCGGGGUCGGGAUCGCUUGAGCGCCGGCCGCCGCCGGUCGACGGGGGCGAGUCGGAGGCGGCCCGGAGGGUGAGCCGCGGCGGCGUGGCCGUGCGCGCGCCCGUGCCCUCGCCCCCGCCAGGGAAGAUGGAGGAGGAUGAGGAGGACGCGAUCGCCAUGGUCCCCAAAGAAGAGCCGGAGGACAUGGACUUUCUCUCCGGGCUGGAACUGGCCGAUCUGCUGGACCCUCGGCAACCGGACUGGCAUCUGGAGCCCGGGCUCAGCUCGCCCGGGCCCCUGUCCUCGUCCGGCGGAGGCUCGGAGAGCGGCGGCCUCUUGCGGGGGGACGACGACGACGAGAGCGCGGCCGCGGAGAUGCAGCGCUUUUCUGACCUGCUGCAGAGGCUGCUGAACGGCAUCGGAGGCUGCAGCGGCGGCGGCGGCGCCGGUGGCGAUCGCGGCAACGCGGAAAAGAGGCGGAGAAAGUCCCCGGGAGGAGGCACCGGCAGCGCCACCACCAACGACAACAACCAAGCGGCGACCAAGAGUCCCCGGAAGGCGGCGGCGGCCGCGGCCCGUCUCAAUCGGCUCAAGAAGAAGGAGUACGUGAUGGGGCUGGAGAGUCGAGUCCGGGGACUGGCCGCCGAGAACCAGGAGCUGCGGGCUGAGAACCGGGAGCUGGGCAGACGCGUGCAAGCACUGCAGGAGGAGAGUCGCUACCUACGGGCCGUCCUCGCCAACGAGACGGGACUGGCUCGCCUGCUGAGCCGGCUGAGCGGCGUGGGACUGCGCCUGACCACCUCGCUCUUCAGGGACUCGCCCGCCGGUGACCACGACUACGCCCUGCCGGUGGGGAAGCAGCCGCCGGAGCUGCCGGAAGAGGACGACGCGGCGGGAGGAGUGUGUCUCCAUGUGGACAAGGAUAAGGUGUCGGUGGAGUUCUGCUCGGCGUGCGCUCGGAAGGCGUCGUCUUCUCUUAAAAUGUAGGGUCAAGUAAUCUGCUCUUUACCCGCGGUUACCCCCUUCUGCUCCCUUACACCAUGUCAAACACCUUAGUGGGACAUCUUCACCGGACACAUUUCAGAGGCGGAAAAAAAAGUAAUAUUAAAUCUUUUAAGUGUUUAGCUAAAACGCAUGAAUGUGACACUGUAACCAACUCCUAAUGAUAACCUGUGACUAUUAAAUCUCUCUGACAGUUUCUUUUUUAGGUGAUUUCCUUCCUGCCAGGCUCCGUUGUAGGGGUUACAGAACAGUCGUUCCCGCCUCCCAACCUGUGGAUACAGCUGUUGGGGCAGAAGAGACGGGACCAGCUGCUGGCCACAUUUCCUGCUUUAUUUUAAAAGCUUAGCAGUAUCUGCAAAAACGAAUCUUUUCCUACAACCUGUUAACUGACUGGACUGAUGGUAACAGUAAUUGUGGGAGCCAUGUCGGUCAAAAAUUUGGCAUCUGCUGCAAAACAUGAAUGCCAUUUCCAAGUUCCCAAAUUACUUCUAUACUGAUUACACUUUCCAGAAACGGAGAUAUGAAAAGAUUCUCUGGAAUGCUUGAGAGACUUAAUAGAAAUCCAUGAGACUAAGUUAAUUUUGGAACAGAAUUACAUCUUUUUGUCCUUUCAUGGCAGUAACACGAAAUUUAUUGCAUACUUUUAAAAAAAUAAUUGUAACCAUUGGAGAAGAGAAUUAUAGUGUUUUAUCAAGAAACAUUAGAUUUUUACAGUCAAGAACACACCCUGGAAUUAGAUUUAGUGGGUUAGAGUGACAUAAAUAGGCCAGCAGUGGUCACAGAACUUACCAGGAGUUUGUAUUUCUGCAAUGCGAGAAGCUGCUUUGGAAGACAGACACCUUGCUGAGUAGAAUAAAGUCUUCAACUUAAAGAGUAGUGUUUUAAACUAGAUGCUUUGAUUGUGUAUUUUUAAAAGUGACUCUUUUAAUGUGUGGGUGGUAUUGCCAUUUAGGUAUUGCCAUGAGCUUGUGUGCAAUCUCAGGUUUGGCGUUUUGGACAUUGAGUACUUGAUCCUGUUUGAAUGUGUUGAGGUGUCUGAUGAAUGACAUAGUUUCUACUGUUCUGUUAAAAUUUCUGUAGUGUUCGUUCUGUAAGAAGGAUCUUCAUAUUUUGGAUGAUAAUGGCUUAUUUCAUAUUACAAGUAAAAAACCCAUUCAGAACCCAAUCAUUUUUUUUCAUUAUUGUUGAAUUAUGCUAAUACAUUUUCAUCUGUUUUAGACGAAAUCAUUUUAUUUUUGGCUCACGUGGGAAAUAUUGCAGAUAGAAGAGGGAGUUGAUGGGAAGUAGUGUUAUUACACUAUAACCAUGAUAUUCAAGAUCCAUUCAGGGCCUCUCCUUGUCUUCACCUGUGUGUUCAGUGUCCGUAAAGCCAAAAAGUAAAGGGAAUUCCUACAGGCUUCUAUUUAAAGAAGCCGAUGCUCCUAUAGCUGAAGGUUUGGGUACUGUUACUUUGGUGUCAAGAUGCAGUGUGGAGAAUUCACUAGAAAUGCGUAUCUUAAGAAUACAAAGUUAUAUGGUUGAGGGAUUUUGAAGGUAGAGAUCAAGUGCUCACAGAUGCAGUCAGUUUUUUCAAAUAAAUUAUUCUUCAAAGUUGAAUAAGUAAUAUUUGUGUUUUCCCCCCUCUUUGUAUAUGUUGAUUCUAAGUUUUAAGACCUACCUUUAUAUAUUUUUAUUGUGUCCUGGGUUCUCCCCAACUCCAUCUAUAUAUUAGAAAUUAAAAAAGGCCUUUCAUUAUGGACAUGACAGAAUUUUUCAUAUAUUUGAAUUUAUAUAUCAUUAUGUAUGGGUUCAGUAUUUAACCAGUUAACCUGUUUUACAAUACUCCAUAUAAUUUAUGUUGAUUGAAACUGAAAAUAUUUUAUGUUACGAACUAAUUUAUAGAUCUAGUCACAAAUAUAUUUGGAGCAUUGUAUAAUUUUGUCAGUGUAAAAAAUUAAUUUUACUAUAGCUCAAACAUGUUUAUAAAUUUUUAUUAUCCUGCUGGGGUCAAAUUUCUAGACCCUUCUGGCUCUUAACUGAGUUUGGAUUUUAAUAUGUGUAUACAAACACAUAUGUAGACACAUAUAUUUUACAUACAAUAAAUAAGAAUAUUCUUUAAAACCAUGUACCUGGACAGAGCAGAUUGUAAAAUUCUAAAUAUUUUUAAUGGUUUGUUAACUUUAAUUGGACUGAAAUCUUUUUUUUUUUUUUGGACUGAAAUCUUAAUCGUUUUCUUCUGAGGUCUGAGCUAGGAAGGGCUCAGUUCCCCUAGGUUUAAUGUUCUUCACAGUUCCUGUCAUAUCUCUGCCUUCUUAACAGGGUUUUUGUAGACUUGUAGCAGUAGAGUAAGCAUUUACUGCUUAGUUGCCCAUUUCUACUAGUUUAAAAAGAGGAUUUGACUAUGUAGCAGAGGGAAGAGUUCAGGAUCCUUUUGUGAUAGAAACAUUUAAACACAUGUAUAGUUAGAGUGUUAGGAGUUCAGUCCUGGGACCAUUUCAA